ACUCCACCCACCUUCCUGAAAUCACACACGCGUCGCACGCCCAUGUCAGUGAUCGAGCCCAGCAAACCGCGCAAAGUAACAUGGCGGCUGUUCGCAAAGCGCUGUCACUUUCCAACAAAAUAUGGAAUGGACGCUUCUUGCAUCCAGCGAAACCAUUGGGGACAGGACUGUCCCAUAGGGAGAAGGGUUCGUACACCGGACAGAUCAUCCCUCCCCCUGCCAAGUAUGGGGGCCGCCACACGGUGACACUCAUACCGGGAGAUGGGAUUGGACCAGAGCUGCUGAAUCACGUGCGGGAGUUGUUCAGGUUCAGCUGUGUUCCUGUGGACUUUGAAGUGGUUAACGUGAACUCGGGGUUGGAUUCUGAGGAUGACAUCAAUAAUGCCAUCACUGCCAUCAGACGCAACGGAGUCGCACUCAAGGGCAAUAUAGAGACCAAACACAGCAUGCCCCCCUCGCACAAGUCCAGGAACAACCUGCUACGUACAAGUCUGGAUCUGUAUGCCAAUGUGAUGCACUGCCGCUCCCUCCCUGGAGUCCAGACUCGACACAAGAACAUUGACAUCAUCAUCAUUCGAGAGAACACAGAGGGAGAGUACAGCAGCCUGGAGCACGAGAGCGUGUCAGGAGUGGUGGAGAGUCUGAAAAUCAUCACUCGACUCAACUCCCUGAGGAUCGCAGACUACGCAUUCCAAUUGGCCAGAGAGAAAGGUCGCAAAAGGGUCACUGCCGUGCACAAGGCUAACAUCAUGAAGCUGGGUGAUGGCUUGUUCCUGCAGUGCUGUAAGGAGGUAGCGUCCGGGUAUCCCGACAUCACAUACGACAGCAUGAUCGUGGACAACACCACCAUGCAGCUGGUGUCCAAGCCCCAGCAGUUUGACGUGAUGCUGAUGCCCAACCUGUACGGCAACGUGGUGAGCAACGUGUGCGCCGGGCUGGUGGGCGGGCCCGGACUCGUCCCGGGAGCCAACUACGGCCACAACUACGCCGUCUUCGAAACGGCGACAAGGAACACUGGAAAGAGCAUCGCAGACAGGAACAUUGCCAACCCCACAGCCAUGAUUCUGGCCGGCUGCCUGAUGCUGGACCACCUAAAACUGCAUGAAUAUGCCGACAUGAUCAGAAGCGCUGUCCUCACCACCAUGAACGAGACUCGGAUGCAAACGAUAGACAUCGGGGGUCAGGGCACAACCUCUGAGGUGGUCCAGUCUAUCAUGAGGUUAAUCGAACGUGGUGGCCCCCUCAUCUCUGAACUCCACUGAAAACAGCGCUGAACACAGAACAGAAGCCAGACUGUCCUGUGGAAGACCUCUCCAACGUUGAGUUUGCUCUUCUGCAUGCUCAUGCCUAUCUGCACUCGGUUCAGCUUCUCCUUCACGUGGUCUGCCCACCAAUCCCGGAAACAGCAGGGGUCAACACGUCUGCACGCGUCAGCUGGCUCUCAGUGUGUCGCUGUCCUGUCUCACACACCUAGGGAUGCCAGAGCGAGUUUUUGUGAGCCCCGUGGGUGGAGUUAGCUGACCUGUCGUUCACUGACUCAUUAACCAAUCAAAAUGUUAGUCUUGACAAAAUAAUUUUGCGAUUGGUUUAAAUUGGUGAAUCACUGGCAACCCAUAAUGGUGCCACCCAUUUGAAGGGUUCGGGAAUCCUCACUCUACCAUCCUUAUUUUUAAAAAGACUGCACAGGAGAAAUGCUUGGGUUUCAAAGUUUCCACCUGAUCAUUAACAUUCCGGUUAUACUUCUAAGAUGCGACAUUGCUCUCACCUUUGCUACAAAACAGAACAAAACUUGCAGUGCAAUGCAAAUGUUUUUGAAACUAUUUAUUUGUCUGUCUUAAUGAACCAAAAUGAUCUAUUUAUUAGAAUAGACAUAAGUACUGUAUACUUCCUGUCAAAUUCAUAUCAAACUGUUACUGCCAUGUGGAUUUUCUCCCUUGGCAUUUGUCUUGCAUAUACCACGUGUGUUUGUUGUUUUACUAUGACCGUGUUAUAUGUGCUUUGCAGUACUGGCUGUAAGAUACUGUACUAGGUUCUAGAGUCUAGGUUCCCUGCGCACUGGUUUUUGGGUUCUGUUCUUCAGGGUAUGGUCUCCCUUGCUGAGACCCCUCAAAUUGUAAAACAUCCAAUUAAAGUUUCUGAUUAAUGAAUGAUUGUUGAAUUGGGUUUGUAUCAAUACUUCCAAUAUUCAUGAAGAAAGGAAGGAAGGAAGGAAGGAAGGACCACCUCUUUAGGUCCUGCUGUUUAUAAAAGGAUUGUUAAACAUUGACGCAUUAUGAAUGUUUGUUUUUCCUCCUCACGUCACCCCAUCUGUUCACAUUGGGGUCAAAAUGGCCGCCCUGUGGCCCGUGCUCUGGUUCUGUCCCUGCAGCCGUAGCACUCUUUAGCAGUGACCCGCGACAGGCCCGUGCUCUGGUUCUGUCCCUGCAGCCGUAGCACUCUUUAGCAGUGACCCGCAACAGGCCCAUGCUCUGGUUCUGUCCCUGCAGCCGUAGCACUCUUUAGCAGUGACCCGCAACAGGCCCAUGCUCUGGUUCUGUCCCUGCAGCCGUAGCACUCUUUAGCAGUGACCCGCGACAGGCCCGUGCUGGGGUGUUGAGCUGUGCUGCUGAGCAUCCUUUCCUGGAGUUGCGGCUGAUGCUACAGCACAGCUGUGAAUACCGCUCGAAGGUCAAACAAACCGAGGCAGCGCUGGCAUCUGCACAGUCUUUGCUUCUUCCCGUGUAUUUAUUCAUGAAUGUAUCUGUAUAUACACAGUUCAUUAAAUUGUAUAUCACCAUA